AUGUCGACUCUCGAAGAGCUUGAUGACUUCGAACGUCAGGACAAGGACCAGCAGAAGAAAGAUGCCGGAGACGGCAAGAAGGAUGGUGAGGGUGAUACCGACAUGAAGGACGACGAGGAGGAGGAUGACAUCCUUGACGAGGAGAUCCUGAGCUUGGGCACACAAGACAUACAAACGAGAAGGCGCCUUCUUGAGAACGACUCCAGAAUCAUGAAGAGUGAACUCUCACGCUUAUCACAUGAAAAGGCCGCAAUGGGCGAGAAGAUCAAGGAGAAUGUUGACAAGAUCGCCAAUAACCGCCAACUACCAUACCUCGUCGGCAAUGUCGUUGAGCUGCUAGAUCUCGACCCCACUGCCGAAUCGUCUGAAGAAGGCGCGAACAUUGACCUCGACGCUACACGAGUUGGGAAAUCAGCUGUUAUCAAGACGUCUACUCGGCAAACCAUUUUUCUCCCUCUGAUCGGCCUGGUGGAUCAUGAGCAGCUGAAGCCUGGUGAUCUCAUCGGUGUCAACAAGGAUUCCUACCUUAUUCUCGACACCCUGCCGGCCGAAUACGACAGCCGGGUCAAGGCUAUGGAAGUGGACGAGAAGCCGACAGAACAGUACACCGAUGUUGGCGGUCUUGACAAACAGAUAGAAGAACUUGUCGAAGCUAUUGUUUGGCCAAUGAAGGAGGCUGAUCGCUUCAAGAAGAUCGGAAUCAAGGCACCCAAGGAAGGUGCUCUGAUGUAUGGUCCUCCCGGAACGGGCAAGACACUUCUUGCUCGAGCCUGCGCUGCCCAGACCGACGCCACAUUUUUGAAGUUGGCCGGCCCUCAGCUUGUUCAGAUGUUCAUUGGUGAUGGCGCCAAGCUGGUGCGUGAUGCAUUUGCCUUGGCCAAGGAGAAGGCACCGGCAAUCAUCUUCAUUGAUGAGCUCGACGCCGUGGGCACCAAGCGCUUCGACAGUGAGAAGAGCGGCGAUCGUGAGGUGCAGCGUACUAUGUUAGAGCUGCUGAACCAGCUUGAUGGCUUCGCUUCCGAUGACCGCAUCAAGGUUCUGGCUGCCACGAACCGCGUCGACGUCCUUGACCCUGCACUUCUUCGUUCGGGCCGUUUGGACCGCAAGAUUGAAUUCCCUCUGCCUAACGAAGAGGCUCGUGCACAAAUUCUCAAGAUCCACUCCCGCAAGAUGAGGGUUGACGCAGGUGUCAACUGGGGCGAAUUGGCUCGCAGCACAGAUGAAUUUGGUGGUGCCAUGCUAAAGGCCGUGUGCGUUGAGGCCGGUAUGAUUGCUCUGCGGUCAGCAAAGAACAAGAUCGGCCACGAGCACUACGUUGAUGCCAUUGCCGAGGUGCAGGCCAAAAAGAAGGACACGGUCAAUUUUUACGCAUAG